AUGCACAUACAUCAACUACAACUACGCCCUUUAACGAUCUUAAUAUCGCUUCUCCUCUCCUCACUGCCAUUUUCACUCUCCCAGAGAACCCCGUCCGAAAACCUCGUCCUAGCCGAUUGUGGUAUCGGCCUCGGUGUCAAUGGCGGUUCGACCUCACGUGAAAUGAUCUACUAUCCAGGCGAUAUCUGGACAGGCAACGGCCUCGAAACGUACAGGCCCACAAUGAUGGUCAAUGUACCCUGGAGCGGGUCAUACCCCUGGGGUCAAGCCGGUGGUGUGUCCGCGAGGAUGCCGAAUGGCGACGUUUUCCAGGUUCAUAUCAAUCCCAGCAUCAAGGACCCGAUUGCUGCUGGAGACGCCUGGCACACGUAUGAGAUGAAUCGUCCCCUCAAGUGUUAUUCUUACCACUGGGAUAAGCUGUAUAAGCUCGACGACGGCAAGUGGUGCUCGAGCGCGUACGUGUGCAAUCACCGUGGGACGCCCUAUGUCAAACCCAACCCUGUCAAUCCUGCUCCUCCUGCUCCUCCUGCUCCUAAACCAGUUUGUGACGCGCUAUGA